AUGCGCAUGGGGUCCAUCCCUCCACCCCGUGCCAUUCCCGAGAAGCAGGAGCUGGCUAUGCUGCAGCAGCCCCGGCAGGCAGCAGGGAGCACCAGUAGCAGAGUGCAGGGAAGCUGUGCAGAGCUCACCUCUCCCUCCCGGAGCACUGUCGCCUCCAGCCCAUCCUCUGCCAGACUCAGCAGCAAAAUGCAGUGGCUGCAUCUUCUCUGCCUCAGUCUCCUGGUGCUGGGACGUAUCCUGGAUGUGCACAGUGGGAACAGCAUCCUUGACUGCUGCUUGUGGAUGAGCAAGAGGCCCAUCCCACAGCAGAUAGUGCAGGAUUACUGGCUCCAGUUGGUGCAGGACAGCUGCGACAUCCCAGCUGCCAUGUUCAUAACCACAAAGGGCAAGCACCUCUGUGCCCCCCUCCAAGCCCCGUGGGUAGUUCGCCUCCGAGAGAAGCUGGACGCCAGCUCUGCUGGGAAGGCCAAACCCCAAGGCAAGUAG